AUGUCUAUAUUGUCCGGAGAAUUCGCUAUGAAGGAUUUGGGGCCACUAUCAUAUUUUUUGGGUAUACAGGUGACCAGGGACGGCAACAAUAUGUUUUUGUCUCAACAGGCUUAUGUUAAAGAUAUUAUUCAUCGAGCAUCUAUGGACUCUUGCAAACCAGUUGCUACACCGGUUGACAACCAGUCCAAGCUGUCCUCUGUCUCCAGUCCCCUGCGCGAUGACCCGUCUACAUACCGUAGUCUAGCGGGCGCUCUUCAGUAUCUCACUUUUACUCGCCCCGACAUAUCGUAUAAUGUUCAACAGGUAUGUAUGCAUAUGCACGCUCCUCGGCUCGAGCACUGGAAUGCGCUAAAGCGCAUCAUACGCUAUAUUCAAGGCACAGCCGAUUACGGUCUUCACCUCGGACCUGUUCCCAGUCUGUCAUUAGUUGCUUACACCGAUGCUGAUUGGGCUGGAUGCCCUGAUACUCGUCGCUCAACCUCCGGCUACUGUGUUUACAUGGGUGACAAUCUUCUCUCUUGGUCCUCCAAACGUCAGUCCACCAUUUCACGCUCCAGUGCUGAGGCCGAAUACCAAGGUGUGGCGAAUGUGGUCGCUGAUAUAUGUUGGUUACGUAAUCUGCUUCUCGAUCUUCAUUAUCCACUCACUCGAGCUACUCUCGUCUACUGUGAUAAUGUGAGCGCUAUUUACCUUUCUAGUAACCCCGUACAACACCAGCGAACUAAACAUAUAGAACUCGACAUACAUUUUGUUCGCGAACAGGUUCAGCGUGGCCGCAUUCGAGUCUUGCAUGUUCCAUCUCGACAUCAGAUAGCAGAUAUUUUCACCAAAGGUCUUCCCCGGGUAUUGUUUGAUGACUUUCGUGCCAGUCUCAGCAUCAAACCUCCCAUCGCUUCGACUGCGGGGGUGUAA